GUUCCUCCAAAUACACCAACUAACCAACCUCCGGGAGGCUGGGCUUAACGCUGUGUGUCCAAGAUGGCGGCUAACUCCAUUGAAAGGAUGGGGCUGCUGUCUGUGCUCUGUGUGUCUCUGUUUUUCAGCAGCGCAUUUGCUGUGGAUCGGGGAAGCUUUAAAACUUGUGAUCAGAGUUCCUUCUGCAAACGUCAGCGGGCGCUCAAACCCGGUCAGUCUCCAUAUCGAGCUCUUCUGGACACUUUGGAGCUCAGUGACUCACGACUGACCCUCCAGCUCAUCAAUGAUAACAACAAGGUUCACCUGCUGCUGGAGCUCUACAGACUGCAGGGCAAUAUGACGCGGGUGAAGAUAAAUGAGCUGAAGCCUCUGAAGCCACGCUUUGAGGUGCCAGAUGUGCUCAUAGCAGAUCCUCCGACUGAGCCUCUCUCAGUGCUGUCUCAGGAUGAUAAUGGCCUUGUGUUAUCUCUGGGAGCCGAGAGUCAGAGGCUGAUUGUGAGCGCUCGUCCCUUUCGACUGGACAUCAUGGAGGGGCCGGAGGUGCUGCUGUCCCUCAACUCUCGCGGCCUUCUAGCCUUUGAGCAUCUGCGGCUCCGUAAGGACACGCAAGCUCAACCAGACGGUGCUGAAGUUAAAGAAAGCGCAGAAGCAGAUCAGCAGCAAGAUGAAGGAGAAAAGGAUGAAGAUGGAGAGAAUGAUAAAGAUGAAGACGGUUUGUGGGAUGAGUCAUUUAAAGCUCAUGCAGAUACCAAACCAAACGGCCCGACAUCAAUAAGUUUAGACUUCUCCUUGCCGGGUGUUGAACAUGUAUAUGGCAUACCAGAGCAUGCAGACAACCUAAAACUCAAAACUACAGAUGGUGGUGAUCCAUACAGGUUGUAUAACCUAGAUGUGUUUCAGUAUGAGCUCUAUAACCCUAUGGCCUUAUAUGGAUCCGUACCCGUUAUGAUUGCUCAUAACACUCAGAGAACUAUGGGCAUUUUCUGGCUUAAUGCUGCUGAGACCUGGGUGGACAUCAGUUCUAAUACAGCGGGAAAGACCGUGUUUGGUAAGAUGCUGGACUUUGUUCAAGGCUCCAGUGAGACGCCACAGACAGACGUCCGCUGGAUCUCUGAGAGCGGCAUCAUUGAUGUGUUUAUCAUGCUCGGGCCCAAACCAUCAGACGUUUUCUCUCAGUAUGCCUCUCUCGCAGGCACACAGUCCUUCCCUCCCCUUGCCAGUCUGGCGUAUCACCAGUGCCGCUGGAAUUACAAUGAUCAAGACGAUGUGAAGUCUGUGGACGAGGGUUUUGACCAGCAUGACAUCCCUUAUGACUUCAUUUGGCUGGACAUUGAGCAUGCAGAUGGCAAGCGCUACUUCACCUGGGACCCACACAAGUUCCCUGAGCCAAAAGAGAUGCUGCAGGGCCUGAUGGACAAGAGACGCAAGAUGGUGGCUAUAGUUGAUCCCCAUAUCAAGGUGGACAGUGGCUACAAGAUCCACAAUGAGAUCACUAAUAGAGACUUCUACGUUAAGAACAGUGAUGGUAGAAAUUAUGAAGGCUGGUGCUGGCCAGGAAACUCUGGUUAUCCAGACUUUACCAAUCCAGAAAUGCGGGCCUGGUGGGCCAGUAUGUUCUCUUAUGAUCAAUAUGAGGGCUCAAUGGAGAAUCUUUUCACCUGGAAUGACAUGAACGAGCCGUCCGUGUUUAAUGGUCCUGAAAUCACGAUGCAUAAAGAUGCUCUACAUGGAAAAUGGGAGCACAGAGACGUACACAAUAUCUAUGGACUUUAUGUGCAAAGGGCCACCGCUGAAGGUCAGAUUCAGAGAUCUGGUGGAGUCGAAAGGCCCUUUGUGUUAACCAGAGCCUUUUUUGCUGGCUCUCAGAGAUACGGUGCCGUCUGGACUGGCGAUAAUGCAGCUGAUUGGGGUCAUCUCAAGAUUUCCAUUCCCAUGUGUCUCAGCCUUGGCCUUGUGGGCAUCUCGUUUUGUGGAGCUGACGUUGGUGGCUUUUUUAAUAAUCCCAGCACUGAGCUUCUGGUUCGCUGGUAUCAGACGGGUGCGUAUCAGCCGUUCUUCCGUGCUCAUGCUCAUCUGGACACCACACGCAGGGAGCCCUGGCUCUUCGGCCCAGAAAACACAGCACUCAUCCGGGAAGCCAUCCGCCAGCGUUACGCCCUCCUACCCUUCUGGUACCAGCUGAUCUAUCAAGCACACACCACCGGGAUGCCAGUCAUGAGACCUCUCUGGGUCGAUUAUCCCAAGGAAACUGCAACUUUCACCAUUGAUGAUGAAUUCCUAAUUGGAAGGGAUCUGUUGGUUCAUCCGGUCACUGAGGAAGGGUCUCGUGGGGUCACAGCUUAUCUGCCUGGAGCUGGAGAGGUUUGGUAUGAUGUCCACAACUUUCAGAAACACAAUGGUGCCCAGAAUCUGUACAUUCCAGUCACUCUUAGCUCUAUCCCAGUUUUCCAGCGUGGCGGCUCUAUCAUUCCUAGGAAGGACCGAAUUCGCCGCUCAUCAGCCUGCAUGGAAAAUGACCCGUACACCUUAUAUGUGGCCCUUAGUCCUAAGAAAUUUGCCGAAGGCGAGCUCUACAUUGAUGAUGGUCAUAGUUUUAAUUAUGAUACAAAGUCAGAAUUUAUUCACCGGAAACUCACCUUUGCUAAUAAUUCGCUCACUUCACGCAACCUGUGCCCAGACUGCAAGUUCUCAACUUCAUCCUGGAUAGAGAAAGUUGUCAUUUUGGGUGCCAGCAAGCCCAGAAAGGUUCUUCUUAAAGUCGAUGGCAAAGAAACCCCUGUGGAGUUUGAGUUUGACGCCUCCAUGUCAGUGCUGACCCUCCGCAAACCUGGGAUGAACGCAGGGAUGGACUGGACAAUCCUGCUUCAGGCACAGCGAAAUGAUCUAUAAACAAAAUCACCCCCCCAAAAAAACAAAACAAUCAAAAGUUUCACUCGUAAAUCAUAAACGCAUCCAGCACUUACAAAACCUUCAUGACAACUCAGAAGCAGACUAGAGGUGUGACGGGUCAGAGAGAUUUUUGGCAGGGUCAGACAGCAAAUGCUUUAUUUUUAAAUGUAGUAACGUCAUUCACAAGUCAAGAGUUUGUGUUUUUAACGUCAUGUGGUGAUGAAGUAGUGAUUAACGGAAUCAUGCAUUGGAUUUGAAUCAUUUCAGGAUGGCAAAUGAGACCAAUGUUAAUAAUAAAUAUGGCUGCAUCAGGAUCAGAAAGCUUUGUUUGUUGCUAGUCUUGUCAUUUUAAAAGCUCUAGAAAGGAUCACAUUUGCACUUCAGGGGUUUUAGUAACUACUAAUGAGCUUUAUUGCUUAUGGGGGCCUACUUAGUCCAUUUGAUAGGGGGUCUUGGGUUUGGAUUUUGCUUUACCUGGGAAUUAACCUGUUAAAUCUGUGAAUUUCAACUUAGAUUUUUUUUUUCCUCUUCUCUAGAGCGAUGUUUUCCAACCCUGUGUCUAGAGGCACACCAACAGUACAUAUUUUAACUGUCUCCCUUAUCUGACCCAUUUAUUUUAGGUUUUGGAGUCGCUUCUAAUGUUCUCAUGAGUUGAUUGUGGUGUGUUUGAUUAGGGAGAGGUUGAAUAUGUGUACUAUUGGUGCGCCUUCAGGAGCAUGGUUGGGAAAACUGUUUUAGAGCACUUACAUUUGUUGGGUUUAGGGUGGGUUGGGUGUUUUAGUUUUUGAAAUGGCAAAGCAGAAUGAAAAAGGCAGGCACUUAGAAGUAUUUGAACCUAAUCUACUGUAAUGGGGAAGUUAAUGUUAUUGCCAUCCACUGUUAAUUUGAUAUCUUGUCAGAAUGACUGAAGUAAAUGUGUGUUUAAGGCAAGGCCUCUGAUGAAGUACAUUCCCGCUUGAUCAUCAAUUAUCUUUAUCAUCAAAUGCUUUGUAUUGCUGAUUUUCCAGUUUGUUUCAUUCCUUUUUGUUUGUUUGAGGGUGACCCUGAAAGCUCUGAAACGUACAAGUAAAUGUAACGUCUUUGGUUGUUGAGGAAUGGGAGUUAAAAUGGGAUGGAAAUAAAGAUUAACUGUACAUUCCUGACA